UUUUUCACCCUCUGUAUACACACACACACAGAGUCGCUCUAGUGGUUUAAAUAAAAAAAAAAAAAACACAACACCGAGGUGGCGUCUUUUUUCCUCUCCAGCACGCAAUGACGCGGUUGUGUUGAAAUCGCGGCGUUAAAGCGCGUCUCUCUCCUCCGGGUCCCUGUUACCGAAGCCGCGAUCGUUGCGCCAUGGCGGCCGCGCCGCUGACGAAGCGCUCGGGGACGGACCACGCACGGAGGCGCGCGGACCCCCGCAGGAGGCAGGCUGCGCUGUCGUUCCUCAGCAACAUUUCUCUGGACGGGCGGCCCGUGCGCGGCGACGCGGACGCUCCCGGAGAGGAGGACGGCUCUCUGGAGGCGAGGAAGACACGCAGCCCGGUCACCGCCGCCGAGGAAGAAGAAGAAGAAGAGGAGGAGGAGGAGGAAGACGAGGAGGAGGAGGAAGACGAGGAUGACGAGGCCCAAACUCCGAGAAGGCGCGCGAGCUUCGCCAUCGGCGCGAGCCCUCCCGCGGACGCGCAGGUCUUCCACGCGCAGGUCUUCGGCUCGCCGUUCGCCGCCGCGCGCGGCCGCCUGCACACGUUCACUCAGGGACUUCCGCCCGCCGCGUGCUGCAGGCAGCAGAGCUCGUGCUGCCCUGAGGGAGGAGGAGCAGGACACAUCAGCACCUCCACUGUCGAGCUGCACAAGUCCAGGCGGAGGCUGAUUUCCCAGCGGUCCUCACUGGAGACUCUGGAGGACAUUGAGGAGAACGCGCCUCUUCGCAGAUGCCGAACCUUAUCGGGUUCACCUCGACCAAAGAGCUUCAAGAAGGUCCACUUCAUCAGGAACAUGAGGCAGCACGACAUCCACAACGGAAGGAUAGUCCUUAUCAGUGGCAGAAGAUCCUUCUAUAGUGUAUUUUCUGUCCUGCCCUAUCGAGAUUGUAGCCAAACAGGGGACGGUGUGAAAAUGGAGAGCGGGCGUCAGCGUCACCCCUCAGGCGGCGUCAGUGCCAAGGAGAUGGUGAUCGGGCUGGAGGGCGUGGAACUGGGCGCUGACGGCAAGACGGUGUCCUACAUGCAGUUCCUCUACCCGACGAACGUCCUCGGCCGGCGCAACACCAUCGACUCCACCUCGUCCUUCUCUCAGUCUCGUAACGCCAGCCAUCGCAGCCUCAUCCUGGCGCGCGCCAACAGCCACCAGAGCAGCCUCGACACGGGGAACGAAGUGGGAGAUUUCAGGGACUACGACCCCAACCUUCUGGACGACCCUCAGUGGCCGUGUGGAAAACAUAAACGCGUGCUCAUAUUUCCUUCCUACAUGACCACGGUUAUCGAGUACGUCAAGCCCUCCGACCUGAAGAAGGACAUGAACGAGACGUUCAAGGAGAAGUUCCCUCACAUUCGCCUGACGCUGAGCAAGAUCAGGAGCCUGAAGCGAGAGAUCCGGAAGCUGGCCCAGGACGAGUGCGGCUUCGAGGAGCCCACCGUCGCCAUGGCCUUCGUGUAUUUCGAGAAGCUGGUGCUGCAGGGCAAACUCAACAAGCAGAACCGCAAACUCUGCGCCGGAGCCUGCGUCCUGCUGGCGGCCAAGAUCGGCGGAGACCUCAAGAAGCACGAGGUCAAGCUCCUGAUAGACAAACUGGAGGAGAGGUUUCGGGUGAACCGGCGCGAGCUGAUCGCCUUCGAGUUCCCCGUGCUGGUGGCGCUGGAGUUCAACCUUCACCUGCCGGAGCAUGAGGUCAUGCCGCACUACAGACGCCUCCUGCAGACCUCCUAGCAGCAGCUCCUCGUCAGGAGAGACCUCUCUCCCUCUCUCUGUGUCUCCCUCUCUCUGUGUGUCUCUGUGUCUCUCUCCCUCUCUCUGUGUGUCUCUGUGUCUCUCUCCCUCUCUCUGUGUGUCUCUCUCUGUGUCUCCCUCUCUCUGUGUCUCCCUCUCUCUGUGUGUCUCUGUGUCUCUCUCCCUCUCUCUGUGUGUCUCUGUGUCUCUCUCUCCCUCUCUCUGUCUCCCGCUGUCUCUCUCUCUCACCCACGAUGUGUCUCUCCCUCUCUCUGUGUGUCUCUCCCUCUGUGUCUCUCUCUCUCCCUCUCUCUUUCUCUGUCUCCCUCUGUGUCACUCUCGCCGUGUCUCUCUCCCUCUCUCUGUCUCCCGCGGUCUCUCUCUCUCACCCACGAUGUGUCUCUCUCUCUCUUUCUCUCACUGUCUCCCUCUGUGUCUCUCACUGUGUCUCUCUCCCUCUCUCUGUCGCUCGCUCUCACCCUCGAUAUGUCUCUCCACCUCUCUGUCUCCCUCUCUCUCUCUGUGUGUGUCUCUCUCUGUCUUUCUCUCACUGUCUCCCUCUGUCUCUCUCUCUGUGUGUGUCUCUCUGUCUUUCUCUCACUGUCUCCCUCUGUGUGUCUCUCUCUCCUGAUCUGACCCCCAGAGAAGCUCUAUGCACCUGACCAUGAACCUGGAUGUUUUUUUUCCCCCCUGGAAGGGAGAGGGGAAAAAAAAAAAAAAAACAUUUCAGCCAAAGUUUCUGAAAAUCUGAUUGCCUGCCUGCGCAGUUGUUUUUUUUUUUUUUUUUUUAAUAGACUCACAAACGACUGUUUGGUUCAUGUCCGAGCUUCUGCAGUCACUGUAGUGGAGAAUGUUUUUUUUUUUUUUUUUUUAGUGCAUCCUUUUCAUCGUGGAUCUUUCUUUCUUCGUCGCUGCAUUCACUUCUUCGCCUCACCCUCAAGGGAAGCUGUUGCAUGUCGCAUUGUUUAUAGCCUUAAAAAUCCACCUGUGAAUGGACUCAACUUCUCGAGAUGACGACGACUGUUUUUGUUUUAAGAAGGACCUCGUACGUUUUUACAAAAUAAAAAAAAUUGCACUUUUGGGGAAAGGGGGGAGGGGGGGGUGUUGGGUGUCGAAGAACGCUAGAGGUCAAGGACCGUCAUUUCCUCAUCACAUUUCUCACUAAAAUUCGUUCGAAGCAGCACUCCGUGUUUCCGAGCAGCAGACGCGUUUGAGGGGUUUUUUUUUUUUUUGGUUUGGCGUUUUUUUUAAAAAAACAAAAAACGAAUAACUAGAUGUGGUGGUGUGACGAGCUGCCAUCGCGGUUACUGUCCCCGUGCUCUAUGUUAGAGUGGACUCUCGGCACGUUUCUAGUGCUACGCUGGAGGAGGGAAGAUGUGGACGAAAGGUCAUACUGCAGAACAACAACGCUGAAGAUGUCGAGUCAGCGGGAAGUGUGCGCACGCGUGCGUGUGUGUGUGUGUGUGUGUGUGUGUGUGUGUUGUACUUUACUACAGCGCUCAGUGUAUCGAAGACCUACGCAGUAUUAACACACGGCCCAACUUCGAUAGCUAACUGGGCCAGGAAUUCCUUCGAAUCUUUUACUUGCUCUUUUUUUAAGCUGGUCACGCUUCAAACCGUAGACAUGAUGAUUGUUAUCGUUUUCGUUUUCAUCACAAAAUGAUGUGAAUUCCGCGUGGAUGAUUGGGCACAUUUCAGACUCUCCUUUAACCGUGGAGCGUGAAAAAUCGGUUAUCAUAUUUUCUGGAUUAUAAGACACUUUUGUUUAGUGUUUUUUUUUUGUUUUUUUUUAAAACACAGAAAAUUUCAUGUAUAUUUACACUUUUAGCUUUAAUAUAGAUCCGGUUUGUGUUACAGAAGCUGCACUACUCCAAAAGAUUACACUUCAUGUUAAUGUGGUAAAUGAACAGAACAGUAAAAACAAAAGCUUCCUGUACCGUCAAUUACGUUGUAAUCUUUCGCCUUAAAUAAUAACAAUAAGUACGUUAAUCCAGCUUUCUCAAAAGUAGCACCAAGAGUCUCUUUAAAGCCUAUUGACCAAACGGCCGAGAGGAACGUACUACGGAAUUCCUACGCUGAAACGAAGGGCGGAGUCGACCCCGUUGCUACGGGUGGAUGAAUAAUCCGCCGACGCGAAGUUUUUAAAGCUUUUUAAACACCAACAGACUGCCGUUUACGAUCGCUCACGACUCGGUCCGAGUAAUUCAGGAGUCCUCUUUACCCCGCCCUUACGUUUUCACAGAUUUAGGACGUACUUUUAGGAUUGAAACGCUUUGUGAAGAAGAAGAAGAAGAAGAAGAAGAAGAAGAAGAAGAAGAAGAAGAAGAAGAAGAAGAAUAAAAAAAAUAAAUAAAUAAAUAAAAAAGGUAGUUUUAUUUCAAAUAAAACACACCCAAGUCGAGAGAUUCUCCUCCAUCCGUUUUAGCCUCAGGAAACAAUACAGAGUUGAACUGUUGCAACACUAACAGGACAAAAACUCAACUGAACGAGAGGUUUGCAUUUGCAUCAUGUGCAAUAACAAACACGUCUUGAUUUUUUUUUUCCCCCCUUCUCUCGAUUCUUAGCGAGAAUUCAGAGCGUCUUAUAUUCCAGGAAAUACGGUACGUUUCAACGGUAGCAGAUUCCCGACGUUGACAGAAAUGCUUGACGAGAACUUUUAAGCUGUUAUUUCCAUAAUCAACUGAGGAUGUUUGCAAAAAAACAAUAUAAUUAAAAAAAAAUUAAAAAUAAAAAAAAAAAUUAAAAAAAAAAAAAAAAAGAGAGAAGAGAAACACGUGUAAAUAUGCCGUUUUGCUUGUUAAAUAAAUAAAUAAAUGAAUAAACAAAUAAAUAAAUAAAUAAAUGGAGAAUCUGUCAUUUUGUCUUUGUUGUCGGAUUGAGAUUUAGGAUUAUUCGGAGGUGCAGGGAAUGAAACGUCUGCACAGCUCCGAGGAUAAGGAGCGCAAAAUUAUGACAGAUUGCUCUUCUUUACCGUUUCUGGUAAGUGGUGAGCUUCGUGUACGUGUUUUAACACCGGUAAACGGUGUAGAAAUCUAAAUCAUCUGAAAAUCAUUCGUUACAGGUAAUAGUACAACGUAGGCAUUACCAAUGCUGAUAAAAACUGAAGUGCGAGGACGGGAAGGAAAUUCAUCGUGGUAUAAAUAAAUAAAUAAAAUAAAAAUAAAUAAAUAAAAUAAUGUAUCUGGGUCAAGCAGCAGAAUGAAACUGACUCAUGGUGGCAUUGUUUAAAAAUACCAAAUCUAACCACAUUUCGUGCCACUUCGGUGCGUCGGUCUUCCGUUCUACUUUAACCAGAGAACGUCAGGAGUCAUAAAAUGAAAUGAUGUCUAAUCUAACAUUCUGCACUGCUUAUCAUCAAGCGAUAUAAGCUUAUGAUCAAUGAUCUUUUAAAAUAUAACCACAAAGCCAGAAGUCAUAGCCACCAGGAAGUCUAGGUGUUAGCAAUGCCAGAAGCACCCUUAAUAUGGACCUCAGACGUGAAGGAAGCUAUUUCAGACGACGUUCGACCUUGCUGGGACCUUGACCCUGUUUGGAGCAAUUCCUAAAUCUAAAAUCGGUUUAUCUGCUGGUUAUAAUGAUCCUUAUAUCCUAUUAUAAAUCCUACAAAGUCAUUCACUCUUGAGAUGUCCAAAUCUAGAGGUUGGCACGUUUGCCUCACACCUCUGGGGUUGGGGGUUCGAAUCCUGCGUGUGUGUUUGGAGUUGAUGUUAUCCCCAUGCGUUAGGGGUUUCCUCCGUGUACUCCAGUUUCCUCCCCCAGUCCAAAGACAUGGAGGCUGAUCGGUGUGUGAGAACGUGCCCUGCAAUGCGCUGGCACCCUGUCCGGGGUGUGUCCCCCACCUGAGGCUCCUGGGAUAGGUAGAAGGCUCCGCCCAACCCGGUGUAGAAUAAGCGGUAUGGAAAACAGACGGAUAGAUGAAUUUCACGUGAACUAAUAAUACAUUUGUGUUUUGUUUCCUGAAACGCUGACGAUUUAACCCGAUGCUUAGUUAUGGAAAAAACCCCGGGUCCUACGAGACAGCCCCGACGUGCGCCGCAUCCGCGCCGCACUUCGACCUCGGAGCAGAGAGUCAUUGAGAGCGACAUUGAAACCAGCACGUUUGUUAAUAAUUGUCGAGGUCUGAAUUGCACCGCGUCUGGCAGAGACGUGUUUACUGGCUCGCGGCAGCGAUAAUCCGUCCGGCCUAUCAAUUAACAAGCGCAGACGUUAUCACGUUAUCAAAAGUCAGACUACAUACACAAUCUCAGAUGCAGCCAUAAACAUGGAGCACAUGGGUCUCUUCAAAAGGUCUGAUGCAUACCAGAGGACGGUUCGCACACUGGGCCAAGAUAAACAUUACUGCGUAGUCACGCUGCGAUCAAAACAAAACACACGGCCAUGGAGCUGGCUUAACCGCCGCCAUUGAGCCACUAAUUCCCCCUUCGGAUCGCCAUAAUCAGGCUCUAUUGAGGGUCUUUCCUGAGUCGUGGUUACAUCAGUGACCCUCAUUGUAAGCAAAUAUGUGGCGGUAGUCACUUUGGCUGAGGUAGCGAUUUAGCUCCUUCCCCUCCAUGGUGACUCGGUGUCCCCUCUGCUCUUUGGUGGUGGGCCCGUUUGUAAACAAGCCCGAACGUGGUGCUGAGGAUUUACCGCUUCACUUUGAACAAGGUGACUCACCGGACGUUUACACGACCUCUCGAACGGAAAAGAAAGAAGGGCGACACUCGCGGCGUGAAGCCAAUCCCUGCUCUCCUGCACCCGAGACGGAUACGCGAUGCCCGCUGCCUCGGCCUACUGUCAGACGACCUCGUCUACUAAAGAACCUGUGACGCAAAAACAAAAAGGACACGGAAGGAAUCUGGGUCCCUGGACCAACACACUUCUCUCGUGUGGUCUUUGCGACUUGGUUGGUCACGUCCGGACUGCGUGUACCUGUAAGGAAAGACGCCGUGCGUCUUGUUCUCCAGCCCCAUGGACAGCGAGAUGUUUUCGGCCAGCUCUCGGGCCAUCUUCAUGGCGUCGAUGUUGUCCGCGGACGUCUUCAGGAUGGUGUGGUAGCUCAUGAAGUGGGUGGCGCCUACGUCGGUGUUGUCGUCCUUCAGGACUACAGCAGUGCUGUAUGCAGCAUGACCUCUACAGGAGGACAGCAGGGAUAUUAAUACUCACUUCAAACUCAAACCUGACUUCAUUUGAUUUCAUGAGCCAAAAUCAUUUGAAGGUUUCCCCUUGUGAUCACAGAGCUAAUAACCAGGAGGUUGUCAUCUGGACAUCAAGAACAGAUGGCCCUUUCAUCUGUAAUAGAUGCUCCUUUAUGUCUUUGCUUAGAGAAUAAAUCAAUGACGUCUUACUGACCCUUUCCCACACUUGAUGUUGGGGUUAUCAGACAGGAACAUUGGCAGGAACUUCAUGAAGUCAGUGCCAUUGGGUCUCAGUUUGCCACUGG